AAAGGGCUCCUCCAGAGAAGGGAUGGUAAGAAAUACGAGAAAAGUUUCUCGAUUAGAUUGUUCCGACGUUUUCUCAUACCGUUUCGUUUCGAAUUUUGUGCCGCUAAAAUCUCUGUAUGAAAUAUUUCAAACUUCUUGGCGUACCUAGCCUCUCAAAUCCAAGACCAUCUAGGCCAACAGGUGUGGCAAACCAAUAUAAGACGCCUUCGAAAUCCCCAGAAAACUUGGCCAUGUUCUCGGAAUCCAAUUAUACACACAAACCACGACGCGUCCAGUUUGGUAUUCCAUCUGCCGUAGAAUAUGAAAUUGAUAGACCUGCCGGUCAUCUGACUCCUCUAUCGCAGGAGGUCACUAAGAAACGUUACUCAAUGGACCCCAAAAAAUCUACUCGAGAAGAGCAAGCAAUAACACAGGAAACAAAAGAAAAUAAUUUAAUCUUAUCGGAGUGGGAGGAUCAAUUUUCUGUCAAUCGCUCGAAGACGAGCAGAUUAUCCAGCAAAAGAAAAAAAAAGAAUCGAAGGUCCAGCUCAAUUUUUAGCCCAGGAAGUCGUUUGUCGCUAGAUUAUGAUAAUACAGAUGAGAAAAUCUGCGACGAAGAAAGAACGAGUGCUACAAAGGAGCCGCACAAUGUGUUAACAUCGAGACUUUCUGAUUCUCCAUCCGAUUUGGUCGCUACAAACCUGGCUUCAUUAAGCAUGUCACCGCCAAAGUUAGGUUUCGACGAAAGAGAUUCUUCUGCUACUCCUCAAGCGAUGCCGGUUGCUUCUGCCGGAAGCGAAAAUGAGCAUCGGACGUGGGAUUGUGUUGCAGACCUUGGGACGAUCAAUUCAAACGGAGCAAUGGAACUUUCUCCGCACAUGUCCAAUUCUAGUAUGAUUGAACUGACUCGUGGUAGUGCAAGUUUCAAAACUAUGAGUAAUGCACAUUCAAAGGUUUCCGAAGAACAGGCAUCAUUCUCACAGACUGCAGAUCUUGAUAGCAUAAAUGCAUUUGGUGGAGCUCUCGACCAAGAUUCACCGAAUCGAGGACCAAAUUUGCCAACAGAUAGUUCUACAAGCAAUUCUUCGUCGUCGCGUUCUAUUGGGGUUGUAAGUGAUGUCAUGUUGACAAAUGCGCCAUCUUUGCUAUCGCCGUGCUAUUAAAUGCUAUAUUUUUUACUGAACACUGAAUAUAUUUUUUUGGCCUUCGCUUAGGCAGAGUCGUGAUGGAUCGUCGAAUACAACUGCUAAAAUGCU